CCCCUCCUCCUGAUAAAGGGAGCAACAGAGGAAAUGCAGCUGUUUUCUCAUUUCCUGGACUUCACCUCCCCUCCUACAGGACCCCCGCCAGUCCUCGGACCCCAGUUUGGGAACCACCGGUUUUAAGCCAUCCCUCUCUGCAUGCUCCAUGCUACUAUUGUCUGACAAGAGAGCGGGCUAUUUGCAAAAUAAAGGUUGCCUACUACCCCACGUCCUAAGCCUCUGUGUGGGCUGAUGCAUAGAGGCAGGCUGGGUUAUACCGUGCAGCUGGAAGGAGCGGGGUUUAUCAGCGGUAGUCCUGUUGCGUUUUCCCCGCGGACAGCUUCUGCAUCUCGGCGGUCGGAUGCUGGAAGUCCUGGCCGAUAAGAGAGCACGUAGGGCUCCCAGAGAAAAAGAAAACAGGGACGCGGAAGGAAGGAAAGACAGGGGAGCAGUUUAAUACCAAAUCGGGACACAUGUUGAGCUAACAGCCUGCUCCACCUCCCCCUUCUCUUCCCUAAAUGCAUUUGUUGCCUCAAUCGCUUUCCCGUUACUAAAUCGUUAGGAUACAACCGAUCUGCUCUCCGGCUACACGGACCUUCACUCCGGGACGAUCAUGGAUCUCAGUAAAAUUGCUGUCAGCAUCAAUAAGGCCAUCAACACACAGGAGGUUGCUGUCAAAGAGAAGCAUGCCAGGACCUGCAUCCUGGGGACCCAUCAUGAGAAAGGCGCCCACACUUUCUGGGCCGCUGUCAACCGGCUCCCCCUCUCCAGCAACGCCGUGCUCUGCUGGAAGUUCUGCCACGUCUUCCACAAGCUGCUGCGAGAUGGCCAUCCGAGCGUGAUAAAGGACUCCAUGAGGAACAAAGCUGAUUUAACUGAUAUGAGCAGGAUGUGGGGUCACCUGAGUGAAGGCUAUGGGAAGCUGUGCAGCAUCUACCUCAAACUGCUCAUCACCAAAAUGGAGUUCCACAUCAAAAACCCGCGUUUCCCUGGCAACCUGCAGAUGUCAAACAGACAGCUGGAAGAGGCGGGAGAAAACGACGUUAACAACUUCUUCCAGUUGACUGUAGAGAUGUUUGACUACCUGGAGUGCGAGCUCAACCUCUUCCUGGGUGUAUUCAGCUCUCUGGACAUGUCUCGGUCGGUGUCAGUGACGGCGGCGGGGCAGUGUCGCCUGGCCCCGCUCAUCCAGGUCAUCCUGGACAGCAGCCACCUUUACGAUUACACCGUCAAGCUGCUGUUCAAGCUGCACUCCUGCCUUCCAGCAGACACUCUCCAGGGACACAGAGAUCGCUUCCAGGAACAGUUUAAGAAGUUAAAGAGUCUCUUCUAUCGCUCCAGUAACCUGCAGUUUUUCAAAAGGCUGAUUCAGAUCCCACAGUUGCCUGAGAACCCUCCCAAUUUCCUGCGAGCGUCGGCUCUGUCGGAGCACAUCAGCCCCGUGGUCGUGAUCCCCGCCGAGUCGUCGUCCCCCGAGUCGGAGCACGUGGUUGAGACAGACGACCUGGUGGACAUGGACGUCCCUGUCAUGCCGGCACCUUUAGAGACAAAGUUUGACGACCUGUUUGGCACCACGGCUGCAGUAGACCCUUUCAACUUCAGUCAGAACGGGAUGCGCAAGGAUGACAAAGACCGUCUGAUUGAACAGCUGACGAGAGAAAUCCAGGCCCUCAAAGAAGAGCUGGAGUCUUUCAGACUGGAGAGUGGACGCUUAUGCCAGGCGCUGAGGGGGCGUGUCAAUGAGCUGGAGGCGGAGCUUGCUGAGCAGAGCCACCUGAGGCUGCAAGCGGCUGGAGAGAGCGAGUUCCUGAAGGCAGAGCUGGACGACUUGCGGAGGGUCCGAGAAGACACGGAGAAGGAGCAGCGGAGCCUGACGGAGAUAGAGAAAAAAGCUCAGGCCAAUGAGCAGCGCUACACCAAACUGAAGGAGAAGUACUCAGAGCUGGUUCAGAGUCAUGCAGACCUGCUGAGGAAGAACGCAGAGGUGACCCGGCAGAUGACGGUGGCUCGGGCGGCACAGGAUGAAGUGGAUGAAGUGAGGAGAGAGAUGCAAGAGAAUGUGAAGGCCGCUCAGGACGUUGCAGAGAAACAAGAGAAGGAGCAGCUGGAGCAGCUUCAGGAGCUGCAGAGAGAGCUGCUGUCCAGCCGGACAGAGCUGGACUCCCUGAAGACGACCGUGGCGUCAACAGAACAGUCAAGUGAAGUGCUCAGCACCCAGCUGGUUGCCCUGGAGUCUGAGAAAGCGGAGCUUGUGCAGUCUUUGUCUAAGGUGGAGGCGGAGCUGGCUGUGCAGGGGGAGGAGCUGGAGAAAGUCCAGAGCUCGCUGGCGACUGAGAGGGAGAGCGGGGUGAAGACAGCUGAAGCGCUGCAGAAUCAGCUCAAUGAGAAGGAGAGCAGGGAGCAGGCGUUGGAGAGCCAGCUUGUCGCGGCUCGCUGGUCCAGUCUGCAGGGAGCCGUGGAGGAGGCAGAGAAGAUCAUCCAGGACUCGCUGGCUCAGAUAAACGACCCGGCGCACAUCAGCUGCACCAGCUCCGCAGACUAUCUAGCAUCCAGGUGUCAGGCCUCAUUAGUUUGUAUGGACAGACUCCACUCUGCCAGAGAGGCCUUCCUGGCUGAAAACACAGGUGUAUCUGAGCUGGUACGAGUGGUGACCCAGUGUGGCCACCUGGUGGGAGACACCAUCGUUCAGGGCAGCGCCACCUCCCACAUGGUGCCUGUGGAGCAAGCUGAUGCCCUGUCAGAGAGUGUGAAGUUGUGUGGCGCUGAAGCUCUGGAUCUGUUGGGCCUGAUGAAGCAACAGGACAGCCUGACUGCAGCAGACAACAGCAAGCUGAAGGCAGCUCUGGAGGCCAUCCUGGCCACUGCAGAGAAACUGCGUCCUCGGGGGUUGGAGCUUCAGCAGGGGGAGCUUGGAGAUCUAGUGGAGCAGGAAAUGUCUGCCACCUCCGCUGCUGUGGAAUCGGCUGCUGCCAGGAUAGAGGAAAUGCUCAACAAGUCUAGAGCAAGUGAUACAGGAAUCAAGAUGGAAGUCAAUGAGAGGAUUUUGGCGUCCUGCACGGAGCUGAUGCAGGCGAUCAAGCAGCUCGUUGUGUCUUCCAAAAAUCUGCAAAGGGACAUUGUGGAGAGCGGCAGGGGGGCAGCCUCCAUGAAGGAAUUUUAUGCCAAGAACUCCCGCUGGACUGAGGGCCUGAUCUCUGCCUCCAAAGCAGUGGGAUGGGGCGCCACUGUCAUGGUAGAUGCUGCUGAUCUGGUGGUACAGGGCAAAGGGAAGUUUGAGGAGUUGAUGGUGUGUUCACAUGAAAUAGCUGCCAGCACUGCACAGCUAGUAGCUGCAUCCAAGGUGAAAGCAGACAAAGACAGCCCUAACCUGCAGCGCCUUCAGCAGGCGUCCCGAGGCGUCACACAGGCUACUGCAGCCGUCGUAGCCUCCACCAAGUCUGGGAAGUCCCAGAUUGAAGAGAAAGAUACGAUGGACUUCUCAAGCAUGACUCUCACACAGAUCAAAAGACAAGAGAUGGAUGCUCAGGUUCUGGUUCUGGAGCUGGAGACUCGUCUGCAGAAGGAGCGAGAGCGUCUCGGCGAGCUGAGGAAGAAACAUUACGAGCUGGCAGGGGUAGCAGAGGGCUGGGGCGAGGUAGAAGAAGUCACAGGCUGAGACCCGAGGGUCGUCUCCCUCCUCCACCUGAAGACCGGCUCCUGCCUGCCUCUUUCUAUUUAUACACCUUUCACUCUCUUCCUUCCUUUUUUUAUUCUCUCUUUUUUGUUUGUUUAUCCAAGCCAAAUUAAAAAAGGUGCUUCUUUUUCUAAACCUGCUUCUCCACCCACGUCCAAAAGCUUCCAUAAGGGACGGAACCAAGGGUGCAGCGACAGGUGGUGUCAAAGGGAGGAACAAGAAGAUGUUACUUUUGCCUCUCCCCCAGGACUGUGUUGGUGCGAAGCGUUGGAAGUGAAGUGGAUGCCAGUAUUUAUUGCCUUUUUCAUCCCCAGUUUUAAAUAACGACGCUCCAACAAAAGGCGGGGAAGCUACAUGCACAAGUCCCCACUCAAGACAUCCCAGGAUGCACUGCACAAGGGCCAACCAUUCAGAAGUGAGAGGGGGGGCAUCAGUGACUGUUCUGCACCAGCCCCCAAAUCAUGUCUCUGUGCUACAUAGAUGGCAUGCAUGCUGUCGCACUAAACCGCGUGUUUUUAAAGCUGUGGGAGCCUGAGCUGCUCUUUAUACGUCUUUAUCUUCCUCCCUAGUUUCUUCCUAUUCUUUCCACACUGUGAGUUAUCACCGUAUUAAGUCCAUACCACUUCACUGGCUGGUUUACUGGACUUUCUGCCUUCCAACUUUCCACCAUUGUAAACGACCGUGACUGUUUACCCGAGCAGACCCCUGCUUUUUUUUUCUUCUUCUUUUAACAGACGCUUGCAUGGAAACUCUUAAAAAAUGCUCUAAACUGGGAAGAGUUUCAGUAAAGGGAACAUUUAUUUUUUCUUCUUUUCCUUAUGAGCGCUGAGACUGCCAACAACCUCUUCAGCGUCAGAGGUGUGACAAUGAGACAGAACCUGUUGCUCUAACACUAAAAACAAUGGGGUCGUUUGUCAUUUCCCAUAUUUUUUACCGGUUCAAGUGGAAAGGGAAAGAAAAACCCAUUUUUAUAUAUAGAGAAAAAGCAACAACAGCUGAAGUCUGGCAGGAAAAGCAAACAAUGUAUAAUAGAGUUUAAGAUCCAUAUUGGUGCAUAUUUUUACAAUAUCCUUGAUGAAACAGUGCUAUUAGAAAUCUGUCGCAGAAGCAGCAGCUCUGGAGGUGCAGCUGGGUUUCAGCCACCAUGAACUGCUAACAGGUGUUGUUUUCUGACAACCAGACUAGCUAACCAGGACUUUGCUUGGUAACUUGCUUGGACAUUGCAGUCGUACGACCGUUCUCCCAGUGAGGAUGUUAAACCGAGAGAGAAAAUCAACAGGAGCCCCAAAAAGGAACUCCUCAAAAGUUGGAUUGAUGAACUUGAAUGUUUUUUGGGGACAGAAGAGGCUGCACAAAUGAAAUGCUCUAUCUGGCACAUGAUCAUGCCUCUCACAUGGUCUGCAGGACUGAUGGUUAACUGCAGUUUUAAAAAAUCCUUCAUUGUCUAACUGUCUUCAUUGCCAGGACCACAAUGGACUGUAAAGUGUGCAGCACACCGUGACUGCAGUGUUUUCAAUCGCCUCCUAAUGACCAAGUAGCUGUGUAUAUAAACUACAAGCCUUCUAUUGUUGGAAAUAAUCUUUUGCUUACUUUCAAUCUAAAAGCAUUACUGUUUUGCAUCGCUCCAAGUAAGGAUUCAGUUUAAUUGAAUUAAGAAUACACAGAUGGUGCACACGAAGGCCACCGGAGAGAGAGGUUGUUAUUUCACAUAUUUUCCAGAGACUGAUGGACUGAAUGGACUCUGAUCAUGCCUUUGUGUUUACCACGAGAUGAGUUGGCAUCCGUUAUUUUAACCUUAUUCUCUUUGUUCUGUUUAGUGACGGCCAUGAUGAUUCUCUUGGGAGUUUGUCUUUGUGUGUCUUAACUUUGUUUUGGCGCUCUGCCUCAGCGGUGUAACUUUAAAAAAAAAAGUUAUGACACUGGUUUAUUUAACGACACUUUUUCGACACUGCUCAAAUUGUAUUUUACUUUAUUUGUUUCCCCCAUAAGAUAAUACCCAUCUACUACUCGUUAAAACAGACAAGUAUUAUUUGCAGGGUAUCUAUUUCAUAAUGAUUUGAAAGGGUUUUUUUUGUGACUUCUCCACACCUGGGUAGCUGUUUGUGUUCAAAUGUGGAAUACAAAGAUACCAUUAAAGAAGGCAAACACUUUUUUACAGUAUUUAAAGUGUAUCAAAAGGUGAAUUGAACACACCUAAAGUGAUGUUUGGUUGUGUUUUUGCCCAAAUAUUGUUUGCUAACCUCUCUGUGUCUCGUAUCUCACUCGUGUCUGUAGUCCUACCAGCUCAGCCAGCCUUUCAAACUGCCUCACACUGUAGUCAAAGAGAAACAAAUACUCACAUAGCAACAUUGAAAUAUGUCUUUGUAUGAUAUACUAAAACUAUGUUGGUGGGUUUGUUUUUAUUUUUUCAGUUUUUAAAAUAAAUAUUUCAACUCGUUAAUACAGAA